AUGUACUACAUGAUGCAAAUGGAGGUCGUCUACCUCGGCCUAGCUCUCGUGUCCUUAUGUAUUGUGCUUCUUUCAGGGCGCAGGCGGAGGCUCUCGGCAGGGAACGAGCCACCGGGGCCAUGGCAGCUGCCGGUGCUCGGCAGCCUGCACCACCUCGCCGGGCAGCUGCCCCACCGCGCGAUGCGAAACCUGGCACGGCGCCACGGGCCGGUUAUGCUGCUCUGGCUCGGCGAGGUGCCCACGCUAGUGGUGUCGUCCCGGGAGGGCGCCCGCGAGGUGAUGAAGACCCACGAUGUGGCGUUCGCGACGCGGCCCCUGAACGCCACCAUGCGCGUGCUCACCAACGGCGGGCGGGGCAUUGCGUUCGCGCCCUAUGGCGACUACUGGCGUGAGAUCAAGAAGAUCGUCGUCUCGAAGCUCCUCUCGGCGCGGCGCGUCCUGUCUUUCCGCGCCAUCAGGGAGGAGGAGGUCGCCGCCAUGCUCCGCGACGUCGCCCAGGCCGCGGCGGCCAGACGCCCCGUGGAGCUAAGCAGGCGCAUCUCCGCGCUAGUCACCGACAUCACGGUCCGCUCUGUCAUGGGCGACCGGUUCAAGGAACGCGACGAGUUCCUCCGCUCGCUCGACCGCGGUGCCAAGUUCGCGUCGGGGUUCAACCCCCCGGACCUGUGGCCGUCGUCCCGGCUGGUGGGUUGGCUCAGUGGGACCCUGCGCCGCGCCAAGGAUUUCUGCCAUGUCGGGAACGGCAUCCUCGACAACAUCAUCCGGGAGAAAAUGGAAGGUGGAGGAGGAGGCGAGAACGAGGACUUGCUCCACGUGCUGCUAAGCAUACAAAAGGAGAAUGAGGGCAGUCUCCAGUUCCCACUGGACAUGGACGCCGUCAAAUCCGUCAUCUUCGACGUGUUCGCCGGCGGCAGUGAGACAGCGUCGACGACAUUGGGCUGGGCGAUCGCAGAGUUGAUCAGGAACCCAAUGGUGAUGCAGAAGGUGACGGCCGAGGUCCGGCGAACAUUUGAGGCUCACGGCACCGUAGCGGAGCAUGCCCUCGGGGAACUACCGUACAUGCACCUAGUCAUCCGGGAAACGUUGAGGUUGCACACGCCCUUGCCGCUACUCAUCCCACGAGAGUGUCGGGAGUCAUGCCAAGUGCUCGGGUACGACGUGCCGCGGGGAACACAGGUGCUGAUCAAUGCCUGGGCGUUGGGCCGUGACGAGCGCUACUGGCCAGAUGAGCCGGAGAUGUUCCGCCCUGAGCGCUUCCUAGGCAAGGCAGGCACAGAUGACUUUAUGGGUACCGACUUCUCAUUUCUUCCAUUUGGCGCUGGCCGGAGGAUGUGCCCGGGGAUAGCGUUUGGCCUCGGCAACAUUGAGCUCGCCCUGGCGAGUCUACUAUUCCACUUUGACUGGGAGGGUCCACCACAGGAUGAGUUAGAUAUGGCCGAGGUGUUAGGCAUCACUGUGCGGCGGAAGGCCGACCUCCUGCUGCGCCCUAUCCUCUGGGUGCCUGUUCUCGGAGUCUUGUCAGAAGGCAACAAAGAUCAUUAG